AUGACCAAGAAUGGCGUCGACAACUUGUAUUGCUUGAAGGGCAGCACCGACCGUGCAGCUCCUGUGGUGGUGGUUAGCAACUCUGGGAUCGCUUUGUCGACUCCCUCCUCCCUCGCCAGGAGAACCAGGGCUAUCGCCUCGAGCGAUAGCUGUGGUUCCUGGCCGUCGCUUGCCGAGCGUGAGCUCUCUGUGUAUACUACAUCCGCGACUGCUUUGUUUAUGGGCGCAAACGACGGUCGGUUUUGGGCGAUGCAGAAGGUGGCAGUUGAACUGCGUGCUGCUGAGCCGAGGGUCGUCUACCACGCCGGCCCAAUGUUCAUAAUAGAGCAGUCGGAGCCUUGUGUGGAUAUUAUCGUUAUCACAGAGUUCCUGAGCAUGAGGGUCAAAUGUGUACCUAGGCACCUAGGCACGCUACGGGAUUUAGAAGAUUGA